UUCAGAUCACAAAGUUGAUAAAAUGUUCUUACAUUUUAAGGUGUACAACAACCUGCACAGAGUGUCAUGCCAUUUUUAUUAUUUUUGUUAGAUUUUUUUUCAUGCCGGUUCAUUAUUGUGCUUUAAUCUAUUUCCCACACAAAAAAAAGCAUUUAAUGCCAGACCCUGUCAGAAAAUACCUGUUUUGUCUGGUAACAGAACAACUAGUCAGCAAAGUUGUCAAUUUUUUUUUUUUUUUUUUGUACAAACAAGGCAAGGUUGACACAGACAGGAACACCAAGGAAUAACAAGUAGACCAGACAAAAACUAACUGAACAGGCAUGAACUAAAUACACUUGAUAAUUACUGAUAAUAAGACAAACACAGCUGGACAAGACUUAACUAAUAAUCACACUGAACAAGGACAGGAACAUGACCAAAUAAGGACACAAGAGGCGGGAACACAAGACACACAGGACAGAGGACUGACACACACAGCUCCCAGAGUCCACCCAAUACCCCAUCAGAAACUUUAGCCGUCCUGCCGUAGUGACUCUAGCUCAAGUGUCUAAAGCAUUUGUUUAAUAUGAAUGGAUCUGUACUCAUCUUUGCAUUUAUCUUCCUGAGACCCAGCAAUUCAUUAUUUUAAAAUAAGUUCUAAUAAUAUAUAUGAGACACAUCUCACUCAGAUAUAUCCACUGAUAAUUUAGCAAAAAAAUAAAAAAGUAUGGUCAUUUUAACACGAUAAUAUUUAUUUAUUUACAGUAACAGGAAAAACAAAGUUAUUUUGUAAUAUGUUUCUAACAUACCAUCAAGUCAAACCUAAAAGCAUCACAGAACAUCAGUUAAUUUCAAUAUAUUUAAAUGUAUUAAUUUAUGAUGGUUUUAAAUUAGUAUCAACUAUUGUCUAAUUGUCAUGUUGUUUUCACAUUUAGCUUGCUAUUUUCAUAUUUAAAUAAAUUUGUAUUAAGUUGUUAAUGUAUGUGGGUUAAACACAAAUGCAGUUUUCCUUUUCCAUCUUUUAUAUAUAUAUUCAGUUACAUAUAGUAAAUGUUAAAUAACGUUCUGAAUUAUAAGCUUAUUUAGUUUCUUCAAGAUAUCUAUAGAAAGUUUUUCAUUCAGAAUAUUUAAAUGCAGUUCAAAAACAUGAAAGAAACAGUCAAUUCUUUAUCGGAAAAAUAAUUAAAAAUAUAUUUGUCUGAACUAAAGGGUUAGGAAAAUUUAGCUUUCAUUUUCCAUCUAUCUAUAGUCAGUUACAUAUAUAUAAAUGUUACAUUUUUUUUUUUUCUGAAUUAUAAGCUAUAUUUAGAAAGAAAAGUAAAUAAAUAACUAUUAUUAAGGAGAUCCUGUAUCCGGGGUUAUUUAUGGUUUACCUGAAGCAUCCUGAAAUUGUGUGCACACACAUCUACAUUCUGAUUAAAUAAUGUUUAUGCAUACGAAAAUGCAUGUUAUGUAACAUAUGCAUCAUAGGGCUAACUGUGAUAGCCAGCACAUGUGUGUAGCCUAAUAUGUCUAUCGCUGGUUAAUUAUUCAUAUGUUAGUUUAGAGUUACAAGCUCACCGUCUCCAUGGCUGCGUUAGAAACCUACCACGACUUCUUUCAUACGGUAAGAAAUGAUCAUCGCUUGCAAUAUGUCCUUAACGCGUUUGGAUCAAAAACAGCACUUCAGCACCAUGGACAAGAUCGACCAACAAAUCUCCGUCUUGGCUCUGAAUGUUUUCAAGAUAUAAAGAAGGUUUAUAUCUUUAUAUCGGAAAGGGACAUGGAGAAGCAGAACAGGCUGACUAUCACCAAUAAAAGUAAUUUUAUAGAUUUAAAGGUUACUAAACAAGCAAGCUAAGUACAUUUUUGACGUGUUUUACGCUUUUCAAGUGAUUUACGCUAUAAAGUGUUUUGAUCAAGGGCACAAUGGUGAUAGAACCCUCUUGGGAUUUGAACCGACAUCCUUUCUCAUAUCAGCCCAGAUAUUUAACCACUAAACUGCAGCACCCAGACCCCGACUGUGAUGUUUAAGAAAAUCAACGCAGUUUUCCGUCCGAACCACCUUGGACCUCGCUCACGGGACCGGUUCAGGCCCAGUGAGGACUACCACAGCGCGUGCACCGUCAAACUGGUCCGGAGCACAUCGAUGCUCGUGGUGGGGGAGAGCAGUCGCGCGCAGCAUGACUCCACACUGAAGCGGAGCGUGAGCGCCGUGAGUGUCGAGGCCAGCACGGCCCUGUACUACUACCAGAGCCGAGAGGACCGAGUAUGGCUCUACUCCCAGGACCAGAACUGCUUAGAGUACUUACAGGAACUGGUCGCACUCAGGCGGCAGUACACCAAGAGCAUCAACGACCUCAAGAACAGCGAGCGCAAAGAGACCGCGUCCCGCAAGAAGAACCCCGCACCCCGGCCACCGCAAAACAGAGCUGCGCAGACUUCAAGGCCUGAACCUUCUGCUCCACCAAUCCCAAAUGAGGAAGACACACUCCAGUUCUUUGAUGCAGUCAUUGCAAGCUGUGACCCAGAGCCCAGUCGAAAACCACAUGUGGACAAUGGGCAUGCAGACGUAGACUUCAUAGUGGCAACCAGUACCAGCGAGCAUGACCUUCACUCUAACUGGGUGCUUCGGGAUCCUCGUCGAAUCUCCAUGACAGAGUCACAGCCCAAAAAUUCAGAGAUCAGUCACGGGCAGGCAGCCCAGCGGAAGGGGGACAUGGGAAGCACAGGCAGCAGGAGAUGUCUGCAACGAAACCCAAUCCACCUGCCAAAAGUGGUGGAGAGUGCCUUUCAGACUCUGCGAUUCAAACCCAAGCUCAAAAAGAAAGACUAGCUGCUUAAGCUGUUCUACUGUUUGUGCCCAGAGGACAACUAAAACUUCACAGCUGUGCGAUCAGGAAGUUGGACCUGGAAGAAAGAAUAAGGAAUAAUCUGACUCACCACAGAAGAUGUGAGCUCUGUGACGUAAUGUCAGUGCUUACUCACUGCCAGAGCUUCAUAAAUUAUCCACAGCAGAUCAGAAUCUCUUUUUCAGUAGCUCACGAUAGCAAACACUUAAGGCCAUUAACAGAGCGUAACCACUGAACAAUCACCCUGUGCACUGAUUCCAGACAGAGCAACUGGAAUUUCCUUAUCACAAUAACACAGAUCUGAGGAUCACCUAUCUGAUGAACCAGUCAGAUAAUUAGACAGGGAUCAGACAUAUGAGUGAUGCAAAACGCAUCAAGGCCAAGGGGCUAUCUAUUAACUGCCUAGUUAUGAUAGCUGAGUCUUAAUUAACCAAAUGCAAAACUAACACCUCUACUUUGCAUUUAAGUCAAGUCUAAUCUAAUACAGUAAAACUUUGGGGAUCCUUACUAUAGCAUUUCUUUAUAUAAAUCCCUCAAACUGGUACUAGGUGCCUUAGUGUGUAGGUUUGUACAAUCUUUUUUAUGUUUAUAAUGUCUAUGAUGAUUUGUGGUUAAGUAAGGUAAGCAGCAAAAGAGUGCUCAAUUGUGUGUUUACUACUUCAGCUACUGUUCAAGUGAUGUAUUUCUACUAGCGAGACUGUUUUUUUUAAAAAAAGCAUUAAAGCCUAUAAAGAGGAACUAGAUGCAUGUGUUUGAAUCCAGAGCUAAAAAUGUCUGGUUUCUUUUUUUUGAAAAAAGGAAGCAGGAAUUGGGUAUUACCCUUUCGUACUAUAAAAACUAAGAUCUCAAUAACAACAGGUGCUACGAGUCUUUAUCACCAAAUAAUAGCUUCAAUAUGUAGUAGUAGUUCAUUUCCUUCAACUUUAUUCACUAUCUCAAAUCAUGGACCAAUGAAGAAUGUAUUUCAUACAGUAGUGUUUAAAUUUUGGGGUCAGUGACUUUUUUUGUUUUUUGAAGAAAUUAAUACUUUUAUUCCACAAAGAUGCAUUAAAUUCAACAAAAGCGAAAGAUUUUAAAAAAUAAAUAAAUGUAAAAAAAUUUAGUACAGCUUUGCAUUAAGCAAAGCACAUAAUGAGUGGCAAACAACCAAACAAUGGAGCAGAAAUUAUUUUCUAAUAACUUUA